UGGGGGACUGCUAAUGCUUAGGAAUCAGUUUUGAGAGCUCUGAGAUGCAUUAGGUGGGAGAACCUCGAGUCUGACAUCUAAGGCAGAAAAGGGCCUCACCUGCCCUGGCCAAAGCAGCUUUCUUCCCUUGGACUAGUGCCUAAGUGGCCGAGGUUGGUGAUUGUUCAAUGCCACCAGGGAGAGAGAACACAGGUGUCAUAAACCAUGACAGAGAAAGGGAGGAACUCCGUGUUGGCAGAAAUUGAGCUCUUCCUGAGCUGGGUGUUGAAAAAUGUUCCAUGUCUACGCUAUAUACGUGCAUUACAACAGCUGGUGACCACAGAUCCAGUAACAUCUUUGUCUUGGUUCUAAAAGCUGCUAAGAUUUCUCUUGAUUUGAACACACUACUGGAGACGUCUCCUGUGGGCAGGCAUGGGCUGCAGAGAUGUUCAUGCAGCGACGGUGCUGGCCUUCCUCAGUGGGACAGCGUCAGUGGCCGGACUCCUUGCAGCAGUUCUGCUUCCAAACUGGAGGCAAAUGAGACUGUACACGUUCAACAAGAACGAGAGGAAUGUGACCGUUUACACCGGACUCUGGAUUAAGUGUGCUCGCUUUGAUGGGAGCAGAGACUGUGUGAUAUACGACCCGCAGUGGUACACGGCUGUUGAUCAACUGGAUUUGCGCGUUCUUCAGUUUGCCCUUCCACUGAGUAUGUUUACUGCCGUCUCAGCUCUGUUUCUCUGCAUGAUUGGCAUGUGUAACACAGCCUUUGUAUCAAACGUGCCCAACGUCAAAUUGGCAAAAUGCCUUGUGAACAGCGCGGGCUGCCACCUCGUGGCCGGCCUCUUGUUCCUCCUUGCAUGUGCAAUUUGUCUCACUCCGUCAAUCUGGGUCAUUUUUUACAACAGUUAUCUGAACAGAAAAUACGAGCCUGUCUUUAGCUUUGACAUCUCUGUAUUUAUUGCCAUUGCCAGUGCCGGUGGUCUGUUUUUCACUUCUGUUCUUUUAUUUCUGUGGUAUUGUGCAUGUAAGAGCCUGCCUUCUCCUUUCUGGCAGCCCCUCUAUUCACAUGCUCCCAGCAUGCACAGCUACGCCUCUCAGCCAUAUUCUGCGCGCUCUCGCCUCUCUGCUAUAGAAAUCGACAUUCCUGUUGUGACACACACCUCUUAAAGAGACAAAGUCUUUGUAAGUCAAAUUCUUGAGCUCACUCAAACCAUGCAAAUUGCAGGCUUGAUUCUCUCUUCUGCCUUGCACUGGGUGUAAUCAUUUGUAAGGUCAGUUUCCCCAGGAUGCAGUGCAAUGGAGACUUGAGAUCAGUAACUCUGCUGUUCUCAUGUGUUCUUUCCCGAACAGCCUUUGUAGUUUUGUUUUUGACAUUUAGUUUGUUUGGUUGGUUCUUUGCUUUUUCCUCUAAGCUCACUACAGACAAAAAUUGCUGCUAAUGCUGGGAUAGGACACUACAGUAGUAUCCCUUCGUGCAAAUUGUCUUCGCAUAUCUGCUCAUCCUUCUGCUUAUUGAGAUGAAAGCAGGUUUGAACCUCUUUGCUGCUUUGAUGAACCAUUUUUAAAUUCUGAUCCCAUUAGAAGAGCUGUGUAGAUGGACCCUUGCACCCACGUAUUAUCCAGAUGCAGACAGUGGAAAUGGAUGUAGGGGUUUCAUUAAGUUUCUUGUCAGAGAUGAGAAAAUAACCUGGUAUACCCAGAAGUGUGUUAUUAGUGGGAGCAGGAAGGUGAUUAAGAAAUGGGUUGCAGAGCUUUCAUCUGGACACUUGUAUUUUAAGAUUGGAUGACUAAAAAGGGGAUUUGUCAGACUAAUUCAGUUCUGUAGCACUGCUCUUUGUUUUGCAGUGCACACAAAAAGCCACCCACUUAUGAACUUCUGUGGUAGCAAAUAGUGUCAAAUUACCUUUUACUUUCAAAGUAGCUUUUGAAAGAAAUAAGUGAUUUAGCUAAUAAUGUUAUUCUGUACUGUGUUAACAUUCUGUGAAUCACUGGAGGCUAGAAACUUUUGUGAAUUUAAUUUCUAGUCUUUUUUGAACAAGUUAGUAAAUUCACUAGAUCUAGUUUGAGAUUGAAGCAAAGAUGACUUGUAUUUUAAAAAAAGUCUGUUCAAAAGAUUGAAUAUUUUAUUUGAAGGCCAUCUUCAAGACCUGAAGGAUGGAUUUGCAAGUCAAACAAGCUUAAAAUUAAAAAUGCUUUACAGUGUUAUUCAGUUCUGGAGAGAAAUGUCAGUCACUACAGAUUGAUUAGGGAAACCACGAAGAAUUCCUAAGGCUGUGGAAGGUCUUUUUAGAAUGCUGUACACAAGCUGUAACAAUGUCUCUCUAGGAGGGGAAUUGUGAUCCUGUGGAGAGAUUUUUAAAUCUAGAUUUAUUUAUUUUUUAAUGUGUAUAUACAAAUAACAAUGAGUUUGUGUAUUUUUCACUGCCGUUUACAGGAAGUUUUAUAGUCUGCAGUUGUUGGACUUUAAUGCUGUAGCUUCUUUAAUUUCUGACUAAGACUUUGCCUUUUCAGCCUUAUUUUUUGACACCUUUCACGGUGAGCUAUUUUAAAAUCCAGUUGUUUCCUGCACUUUCACCUCACAACUGGAGAAAGUGUCCUGUUCCCAUUUUCUGUAAGCUGUGAGCUCACGAGUUAUUAGAAGCUUCAAGUAUGAGGAAGGGUAAGAAAUUCCCAACCUGGCAUGUCUUUAAGUCAUGUUUACCUCCUCAAAUGCAGAGUGGGCCAACCCUCGGGGAUCAGAGCUUUUCGAUGUGGACUUGGAAAUUACUCAGGAAUUUGAUGAUAGUGCAUUGGACACUGUUACAGUUAAGGAUGCCUUCCUCAGAUUUUGGCAAAUGGAGAUUUGGGGUUUAAGAUGUCAUGCCAGUAUGGAAAGUUAUUUUGAUUGGCAGCAUUCUGUUUAGCGGAUAUUUAAAUUUCAUUGAUCUCAGAACAAAUUUGCUUUGCUAAAAUGAAGUAAGAAUUCUUUAAUUCCAGUUCCGUAAGCUCCUGUAAGGUCUUGAAAAUCAGUUCAUUUCCUUUACAACAGAAAUAUGAACAAAUGCUCUCCUGGGGAAAUCUUGUCGUGUUACAAUCUGUGCAAUAACAGCAUAUUGAAAGGAAUCUCUUUGUGCACACCGGCAGGCCUCGGAAGCUAGUGGACCAAGUGAGGAAGCUGGUCUCUGCUGUAAGUUCUCAGCACAGCCAGAGGAGCUACAAGCCCUUCCAGAAGGUGACACCGCGUGCUUGGUGAAAUAGCAGUCUAAGGAGUCUUGUAGAUGAUAAAGAUUCCUUAAGAAGAUAGGCCUCUGAAGUUGCACAAGCAUAAUACCCUUUAAGUUUUCAAGACAUGACGUUAGAUGAAGGAUCUUUUUUUAAAAUUCAGAUCGUGGUUUGUAUGGGAUUAGAACAUGUAUAAUGCCAUGCAAGGUCACUUUUUUUUUUUCUUCAAAAUGGAACUUUGCUUUACAGUUAUUCUGGCUGUCUCACCAUGGACAUUGUUGCUGCUGCAGGGACCACUGCUUUGUGAUUUUCUAUCGCUUUGCUUCCUUCCCCCAGCAUCUUUUCUUCUUUGUGCCUUGCUUAAGUUAUGAGUUGGCCAGUAAAUGUCUGUUUAUUGUCAGCGUCUGGAAUGCUUUUUGAGCCUAAUCUUCCAAAGCAUCGUGACCAUUUUGGAGGGGUGAUGAGUACAUCUGUGAGUGAAUUUAAAAGAACCUGAACCUUCCACAUCUUCAGAGCCUGGCAGGCCCGUGCUUUCUUCCGACAGUAAAUGCAGCCAGUGUUUUGUUCUGUGUAGUUUAGACGGCAGACGUCUGUGGCAACUCUUUUGCAUUCUGACUUUGAUUUAUAUGCAGUAAACUUUCAAUUAGUAUUUGCUGCUGCCUGAGCUGAUAAUUUGUUGCUUUGUAAAUUGUGUCUUUUCAGAAGUCUGAUCUGUGGAAAGCAGGAAUCCAAAAGUUAAUGGAUUCCAGUGUAGGCUUUAAUUAAGGUAAUAUUCAUCAAAAAGGCUGUUGCUUCGUGUUGUAUCAGGAAAGCACAGCUGAGUCUCUUUCAACAGUGCCGUUAAUGUGAAUUGCCACUGGAUCCUAAGUGAAGUUAACUGGAAGUGCCGUGCUUUUUUUUUGCCUUGUUUACAGAAGGGGUGGCCAACCUGUAAUGCUUGAGAUGAGUGCCACUCUGGUGGUUCUCUUGCUAAGGUAACUGCUGUGCCCAGCAGCAGGGCUGGGGAGCGACAGCCCUCCUGGGGCUUCCUGUGUGUCCUGCACGUACCUAUGGCAGGGAAGAGCUGCUGUGGAGCCAUUGGCACCCCAGCCUCUGGCCAACUGCUCCUCCCUGGGCACUCUGGGUCUUGAACACAGGAAUUUAAUUUGUAGCUCAUGCAGUCAGAGGUUGGGUGCUCUGGGUUAUGGGAAUCUGUUUUUUCCAAGUAAUUCCUGUCCAAUUUUUAAAGUUGUGUUACAUACAUUGUGGAUUCUUUUUAUGUGAGACAGAAGAUAUGUAUUUUUAAUAAAACAUUCUCAUACAGAUGCCAGUUAUUUCAAUUUUGUGGAAAACAGUAAUUAUUAAAAUAUGAAAGAUUUUA